AUGAAGGCUCCAGCAGCGCCUUACUCGCCGUUCACCCACCCACCCCUCAUCAUGGAUAAGCUCGAGGUCGGUUCGCUCUACAUCAUGAUCUCAAUUCCUCUUCCCAUCUACCUCGGCCGUAAGAAACACACUUACGCAACCGCCUUGCCCGACGAUCCGACCUUCCCUUUCUGCACCUACGAGCUCAUGGUCUCUGAUGGCCUGUCCUCCGAAGAGUUUCACUGGGACCUCUACUGGCACACCUCCGACUCCCCUCACAGUACUCUCAACCCUAACGACGAGGGCAGCGGCAUCAUCUACCGCCUCCGCCAACUCAAGACCUGCCCACCGGCCUAUGUCUAUGAUCGCCUCAACGUCGUCCGCGUCCGCUCGCACUGCCAGCUUGUCGGCCUCGUGCGCACCCUCAGCGUUCCCGUCUCCGCCAUCCCGCACUUGACAGCCUACCUUGACUGGCUGACGGCCGAAUCGUCGCGCGUCGCGGAACGGAGCUACGUAUGGGCCACGAUGGCGUACUACCGCACGCGCCGCCACGUACUCAAGGGUGACGGCGUGCAGGACCACAGUUUCCACCAGUUCGAUAUCUCACGCUUCACAGCAGAAUUGCUGUCGUUCGCGUACCGUGAGGCGCCUGGUGCAUUGGCUGUGGGCACAGGAGGGUCGCCGAGGCCGGUGAUUGCGUCUUAG